CGAGCGUUGAGUGAGUGGAACAAAGCGAAUCUUACGAAAAGUGGCUCCGUUAGGAAGGGGGCCAGGAUGCCGUUCUUUUUGAAGGAAGAGAACCGGAUUUCAAGCAGCGACUGGCGUGUGCUCCAGGCGCUGUGCGAUAUCCUACUAGACUUUCAGCUAGUAGUUAAAGCCUUGGAGGGCGAUGGACAGGGGAAACACCAAAAGCAAGGUCAAGAAGAUGAGAUUGAGCUUCUAUUAUCUGGUAAGUCCUGGCUGGAUGGAGUCAGUCUGUAA